GUCAAACAAAAACAGUGUAAUUUCUCAGUAAAUUCUUGGUGAUUCCUCAUCUUUUGGAAUUUAUGUUUAUACCUUUUUCUUUUUUAGUAGAAUUUAAAUAAGAUUAAAAAUAUAACUCACUUAAAUGUACGAAAAUUAAAUCAUGCAAUUAAACUAUUCACAAAUUACAAUAUCGACAAAAUGAUGUUACGAUCGCAAUCAAUAUGAAUGAACACGUUUGCAUGAAAAAUGUCGACCGAGAUGAAAUGCCUAUUGCAAGUGGGGAAGAACCUGAUGCCACAACUUCGAACACAUCAAAUGCUACAACACCCACAUCAACAAUCAAAGAGAAGCGCAACUGGUUCCAAUCUCUAACAAGGCGGAAAAAAUCUCAAUCCCAAUUAUCAUUGGCUAACACACCAUCAACAUCACGAGAUCUACCACAUAUACAAAACAAUAACAAUGAACCUGUGCAACUGGGGUGUACAAGAAAUAUUAACAUUGGUAACGAUGGCAAUACAAGGAAUAAUCUUGAAGUAAGCGAUGCUUCCGUCCGCAGUCGUAAAGGUGCAAAGAAUGUUUUCCAACGACUACGGAAGAGAAUGGGCUUACGAUUUUCUUCAUUACGAAAUAGACAAGAGGAAGUCGGUAAGCCGGAUGGGGUUGAUAUAUGUGCAGGAGGCACAAUAAACGCCUCAGAUGAAUUCUUAACCCACUCACCUAUACGCGAACCUCACCAGCAGUUUGAAUAUUCCUCAAGUAUCACGGCUGAAGAACAACAAAUUGUACCAUUUACACAAGGUUACAAGCAAUUUAUUGCAAAGAAGUGGCUUCAAAAAGAAGCAAGACCUAACCAUAUAAUGUAUACUGCAAGUUCGGAAAUGUUAAGUCAAGUUUGGUACUGGGGCGAGAUAUCGCGACUCGAUGCUCAAAAGCAGUUAAGCGACAAACCCACCGGCUCAUUUUUGGUGCGUGAUUCUGAAACGCGCGGCUGCCAAUUCACGCUCAGUUUUCGGAUUGUAAACGUGACCUUUCAUUAUCGUUUAGAAUACCAUGACGGUUACUGGCACUUUGAGGAAUUACAAUAUGAAUCCAUAGUAGAAAUGAUAAAGGAUAUACUAUAUCGUUGUACUAAUGAUAAUUUUGUAUGCUUUGUGAAAGUUCAAAACGAAUUGCAGCCACCUUGUCCGGUCAUUUUAAAAUACCCACUUAGCCGUUACUUCAAAAUGCCACAAUUGCAGGAUCUUUGCCGACGGGUAGUUCAGCAACAUGCUACAUGCGAAGAAAUUGAAAUGCUGCCGAUUCCACCAAAGCUUCAAGAAUAUCUAAGUGUUAGGCGAGAAUUAGUAUUUCACAGUUAAUAGGAAGUUUCAUUUUUAUUAGAUAAAAUUGUAGACUAACGAAUGUUUAUGGGGUAAAUUGUUGCCCAGUGAGUUAGUCAAUUAAUUACUCGUUUGAAGCACUUUUUUAACCAAUGUUAACUAAUAUUUUAAAUCGGUAUUGUAACUGUAAAAUUAAGAAUAUGUAAAGCCAAAGUAGGAAUAUGCAUACUCAGUAGAGUUUUAAAUUUGUAUUUUAGAUAAAUAUCAACAAGACAAAAAAUGUUCACUAAUAGGAUUUAAAAACAAACAGACAUAUUUACAUAUAUUCAUAUAUACUUACAUAUAUUAUAUAUACAUACAUCCAUAUGUGCACACAAAAAAUUGGUCAAAAUUUGUUAUGUUGAAAUGACCUCCAACGUAUGCAUGUUUCGAUCAAUUUCUUUUAGCGUAAUUCAUUAAAAAUAUUUUACAGUACUCUAUGUAUCCUAAGGCCAAAGAUAUUACUUUCGUCACUGUUUAAACUACAACUGCAAUUAAAUAUUUAUUUUGGCUGACUAAUACAGAAAAACAAUGCAAUUGUAAUGUCACUUGGUCAUAAAAUCGGUCAUCUGUUUUAUAUAUCAUUUUGCAGUUUAAAGGAAACUUUGUGAUUAAGAUUUUCCCCAGAUACUACUCAAAAUACUAUUUAAUAAACUGUUCAUUUUAAGUUAAACAGCAAAUCAUAUUGACAAUUGAGGGAAUAAACGGCAAUAUAUUGCGAACCGAUACGCACAAA